AUGAUAGAUAAGAAGAAAAAGAAAAAUAAGGACAGUGAAACUGAGGAGGAUUUUGAGGACCGUAUUUCGUUUUUUCAAAUUUUUCGUUACGGAAAAUGGUACGAGUUGUUGGCAACGGUCGUCGGUGUUGUGUUUGGGAUGGCCAGUGGGUUCGGUAUUUGCUUCAACUUGGUGACUUUCGGUGAAAUUACUACGGCCCUGGUCUGCAGGACCACAUAUUAUGAAGUCACCUCCAGUCGACUACCCGUGCUUGAAUAUUUUGGAGGUGGGAGGCAAUUAACGAAUGCCUCAUACGAAGAGAACAUGGCGGCCCUGAUAGAGGACGGGGAGGCGCUGCUGCUCAGCAUGGUGUUCAGCAUCGGGCUCUCCUGGAUCCUCGUCAUCCUCGCCGUGUGGCUGGUCAACUGGAGCGCGUUGAAGCAGAUUACCAGAAUCCGGUCAAUGUUUUUGCGAUCGGUUCUGCGUCAGGACAUGUACUGGUACGAUACAGACACGAGCUUCAAUCUUGCAUCCAGAAUGUCUGAUGACAUGCUGAAACUGAAAGACGGAUUAGGAGAGAAGCUGGCGAUAGUGGCGAACCUGGUGGGCACGGCCGUGCUGUGCAUCGCGGCCGCCUUCCCGCAGGGCUGGCAGCUGACCCUCGCCUGCGCCUCCGUCGUGCCCUGCUCUAUAGCGGCAUCCGUCGCCUUGGCUAAUUACCAAACUAAAUCAUCAGUUCGAGAGCUGAACUCGUACAGCCAGGCGGGCAAGCAGGCAGAGGAGGUGCUGAAGUCUGUCCGCACCAUCAUAGCCUUCGGAGGAGAACAGAAGGAAACUGACAGAUACCGCCGCUUGCUCGAGCCAGCAGAAAGCUACAGCAGGAAGCGCGGCCUGUACACCGGCAUCGGUACCGGGCUGAACUGGGUGCUCACGUACAGCCUCAACGCCAUCGGCCUGGCGUACGGGACCAGGCUGGUGUUGGACGACAUGGUGAAGCCGGCGGAGGAGAGGCGGUAUGAAGUCGGGAGUAUUAUAAGUAUUAUGUUCAGUAUGUACAUGGCAACCCAGUCCAUAACCUUCUGCGUUCCCCACGGGGAGACCUUCUCCGCGGCCCGGGCGGCCGCAGCCGGCAUCUUCAAGCUGAUCGAGCGAGCCCCCGUGCUAGACAGCCAGGAGGGGGGUCAAUGCCCCCGGAGGGUGAAAGGGGAAAUUGUGUUGGAGGACGUCACGUUUAAUUACCCGUCGAGGCCUGAAGUCAAGAUCCUCAAAGGUUUCUCCAUCCACAUCAAGCCGGGUGAGAAGGUGGCCCUGGUCGGGUCCUCAGGGUGCGGCAAGUCCACCAUCCUGCAGCUCGUUCAAAGACUUUACGACCCUCUCUCUGGAGUCGUCAAAUUAGACGGCAAGAAUAUCAAAAACUUAAAUUUGGCGUGGCUGCGAUCUUCUUUGGGUGUGGUGGGGCAAGAACCAGUUCUCUUCCGAGGAACAAUUUACGACAACAUAGCGAUAGGAGAGCCUGGAGCCUCCAUGGAGGAAGUCCAAAGAGUUGCAGAACUGGCGUACGCGCAUGAAUUCAUCGUUAAACUGCCUAAUGGUUACAAUACGAUGAUAGGCGAGCGCGGCGCGUCGCUGUCGGGCGGGCAGGCGCAGCGCGUGGCCAUCGCGCGCGCGCUGCUGCGGGAGCCCGCCGUGCUGCUGCUGGACGAGGCCACGUCCGCGCUGGACCCCGCCUCCGAGCGGCGCGUGCAGGCCGCGCUGGACCGCGCCAGCCACACACGCACCACGCUCACUGUCUCACACAGAUUAUCAACUAUAAUUAAUGCAGACCGCAUUAUUUGUAUGGAUCAAGGAGUUAUCGUUGAGCAGGGGACACAUGAAGAUUUAAUGAAUUUGAAAGGAUUCUAUUGGAAGCUUGUAACAACUGGAAAAGAAGUGAAAGAACCUGAAGUAAUAGGGACAGUAGAAGAAGAAAUAAAUGAAAAUGAAGAAUCACUGUCAGCCAUACCUUCGCGAACAGACUCAAAGAGGAGAUCCAGACGGGUACAUAGACGACCAUCUACACGGAGAGACUCUCAUGAUUGGAUGUCACCCAGAGCCUCAAUAUCAUCAGUGAUGUCAGUUGGUUUCCAAAACUUUGGUUUCGAGGCUGAAGAGGAAAAUGAACCUGAAGAAGAGGACGACGUAAUACCAGUAAGCAACUGGGAUUUAAUGAAACAAAAUGCUCCAGAGUGGCCCCUUUUGGUCAUCGGGUCCAUUGCUGCUUUCAUUCAGGGCACGACUUUCCCUGUCUUUGCGGUGCUCUUCGGGUUCUCUAUGGGAAUGUUUGCAUUGCCAGACCACAAUGAGAUAAUUAGGCUGUCUGAAGUCUAUUCCGGUCUCUUCAUAGUGGUAGCGGCUAUUGCCGGUAUAUCAAUGUGUUUGCAGAGUAUUGCAUUCACGAACGCUGGUUUGAAAAUGACGACUAGACUACGACUCCAGUACUUCAGUAGUCUUCUCAAGCAGGAAAUGGGUUACUAUGACAAAGCUGCCAAUGCAGUAGGAGCACUCUGCGCGAAGCUCAGCGGUGACAUCGCAGAGAUCCAGGGAGCCACUGGACUCAGGACUGGUCUGAUACUGCAGGGCUUCAGUUCGGUCUUUGUCGGCUUCGUCAUGUCCAUGUGCUACAAUUGGAAAAUGACCCUGGUUGGCACGGCGUUUUUGCCCAUUAUGGUCGGUAGUAUUUGGCUUGAGGGUAUAGUUUCCCUGAAGUCCCAACAAGAUAAACGGGCUACUAUGGAGUCAGCCACCGCCGUCGCGUCUGAAGCUGUCACCAGCAUAAGAACUGUGCAGAGUUUAUCUAUUGAAAAAGUAUUUAUAGAUAAGUUUGAAGAAUCUCUUAAAUCUGCAGCGAAAUCAAUAUCUCAAAAGUCCAGGUGGAGAGGCUUAGUGCUUGGUUCUGGAAUUUAUGUCCCUUUUGUUGCAUACAUUUGCACCACCAUGUAUGGUGUAAACUUGGUGGCUAAGGAAAAUUUGGAGUACAAAAUAGUGUUAUUGGUAAAUGAAGCCAUCAUGUAUGGAGCAUACAUGCUGGGACAGUCUUUAGUGUAUGCUCCCAGCUUCAACUCGGCAAAAACCUGCGGGGCCAGGAUCCUCGGAACGAUACAGAGGGUUCCGAAAGUCAGAGAUGCAGAUGGCGUGAAAGAUAAAAAAGAUUGGGCUGCCUCAGGCAACUUCAGCAUCAAGAAGCUGGAGUUCAGCUACCCUUCGCGACCACACCAGAGCAUCCUCAGAGGGAUCGACCUGGAUGUUGACGCCGGCAAGACCAUCGCCCUGGUCGGGUCGUCAGGGUGUGGCAAGUCCACCAUCCUGCAACUGCUGCAACGGUACUAUGAUCCGGAUUGCGGGACUAUUGAGCUAGACGGUCGUGACAUCCACUCGUCACUCACGCUGUCUCGGCUACGGCGGCAGCUGGGCGUGGUGCAGCAGCAGCCCGUGCUGCUGGAGCGCUCGCUGGCCGACAACAUCGCCUACGGAGACAACUCCAGGAAGGUCUCGAUGCACGAGGUGGUCGCCGCCGCCAAGCAGGCCAACAUACACAAGUUUAUUGUCUCCUUGCCGAAGGGCUACAACACGAACCUCGGCUCCGGCGGCGCGCAGCUCUCCGGCGGACAGAAGCAGAGGAUUUGCAUCGCUCGAGCUCUGAUCCGCCAGCCCCGACUACUGCUGCUGGAUGAAGCCACGUCUGCGCUGGAUGCUGGUAGUGAGAAGGCGGUGUCGGAGGCUUUGGAGGCAGCUGCCAAGGGCCGCACCUGCAUCACGAUCGCACACCGGCUCUCCACUAUCAGAAAUGCUGACCUCAUCUGUGUUGUUGAUAAAGGUAAAAUCGUGGAACGUGGAACUCACGACGAGCUGAUCACGCUGCAAGGACACUACUGGAGAAUGAGCAAGGGACAAGAAAUCUCUUCCUAAGCAGCUGAACCAACCAACCAGGUUAAGUGUGGCAAUAAGAACACUCGACUGUAGUCUGUCAAUGGCGCGCCCUAACGCAAUGAGAAUACGUACUACACGCGCGAGUUAACUUGGCACCUGGCCGAAAGGAACCAGGGGUCACGCCGGGUACCCCCGAGCUUGUUAACAUGACAUCUGGUUCUUGUUGUCCAGGUUUCAAGUUAACUCGUGACUAUUUUGCAAUGGAUUCUAACGCUGGCCUUUAGACUAGAAAGGCGUGCGUUUGAGAAUUCUUUCAGGGGUUAGAUAUUUGAUAAUAAUAUAAUUAUGUUCAAAUUCACGAGUCUCUUGCCAUGAGUUGUCAUUAAUUCAUGAACGCCAUUUACCUACCUACUUGUUUUUUUAACAAUGUACAAACCAAAUAUUACGUUAAGUAUUAUUCCUAGGUAAUAUACAUUAUACCUACUUACUUAUAAGGUUAUACGAUUUUAUAGUAAAAAUAAGGAUACUUUUUAAUAGGUAUGAUUCAAUAAUAAUAUAUAUACUACUUACUUUAUAUGUA